AUGGCUUCCCAAAGACCUAGAAAAUUAGAAAGAAUAUCAGCUCAACAACUCCAAGACUUCUUAAAAAGAACUUCUGUUAGUGUACAUUCACAGUCUGUUAGUGUGCCUUUACAGUCUGGUACUUUGCCGGUUGCUGCGCAACCGAGCGGGUCUAUUGGCUCUACUUCUCAUUUUGCACAAAGAACUUCAGAUG